AUGAAGUUUCUCUGCCUCCAUGGCUACCAGCAGUCGGCUGAGAUCAUGCAGUCCGAGACGCUGUUUUUGAAAGCCAUUUUCGAACAGGCACUCGGCGAAGAAGUCGACUUCUUCUAUCCCUCGGCCCCAUUCCCGUCAGUUCCAACAGCUUCAAACGAGCCAACAUACGCAUGGUGGCCCACCGACCCUACCACAACCGAGAUUGAGACAUUCAGCUACCUCUCAAACAUCCUCGACAAGGAAGGUCCAUUUGUCGGCAUUGUCGGUUUCUCCCAAGGCGGCAGCGUUGGCCCGCUGGUCGCCGCCUUCCUGGAGAGACCAAGGUUCGCGCGUCCUUCGAACUUCACCACCUCACACCGGCCGCUCCAGCUCGUCGUCUCGUACAGCGGAUACCACGAGGACGACGCGCGUCUGCAGAAGUACUAUGCGCAGAAGAUCAAGACGCCGAUCUUCCACUUCAUCAGUUCCACCGACCCGGUCAUGGCCGAAGAACGCUGCUUCCGCUUGGUGAGGAGAUGCGAGGAUCCCGAUGAUAGAGUCAUCGUGUAUCGGGGCUCGGGUUUCCACCGAGUUCCUGCGACUAAGAUGACGGCACAAGCGCUGUCGCGGUUCUUGAGAGAGGUGUUGGACGUCGAUAGCGACUUUUGA